AUGGGAAGAAAAGUGGACAGUGCUUCAGAGAAUUCAGUCCCUGUCCUAAUUCUGGUCAUCAGAGAAGAUAUAAAGCCUGUGCUUUUGAUAGUGUCAGGCAUAGAUGCAGAAGACCUAGUCAAAAAUGUAGUAGACGAGCUUGACUCAGUAGACGCGCUUGACUCAGAAGACGAAGUUGACUCAAUAGAUGAAGUUGACUCAAUAGAUGAAGUUGACUCAGUAGACGAAGUUGACUCAGUAGUGGAGCACGACUCACUGGAUGAAGUUGACUCAGUAGUGAAGCACGACUCAGAAGACGAAGUUGACUCCGUAGAUGAAGUUGACUCUGUAGAUGAAGUCGACUCAGUAGUGGAGCACGACUCCGUAGACGAAGUUGACUCAGUAGACGAAGUUGACUCAGUAGUGGAGCACGACUCAGAAGACGAAGUUGACUCCGUAGACGAAGUCGACUCAGUAGUGGAGCACGACUCCGUAGACGAAGUUGACUCAAUAGAUGAAGUUGACUCAAUAGAUGAAGUUGACUCACUGGAUGAAGUUGACUCAGUAGUGGAGCACGACUCAGUAGACGAAGUUGACUCCGUAGAUGAAGUUGACUCCGUAGAUGAAGUCGACUCAGUAGUGGAGCACGACUCCGUAGACGAAGUUGACUCAGUAGACGAAGUUGACUCAGUAGUGGAGCACGACUCACUGGAUGAAGUUGACUCAGUAGUGGAGCACGACUCAGUAGACGAAGUUGACUCCGUAGACGAAGUUGACUCCGUAGAUGAAGUUGACUCCGUAGAUGAAGCUGACUCCGUAGAUGAAGUUGACUCAGUAGUGGAGCACGACUCACUGGAUGAAGUUGACUCAGUAGUGGAGCACGACUCAGAAGACGAAGUUGACUCCGUAGACGAAGUCGACUCAGUAGUGGAGCACGACUCCGUAGACGAAGUUGACUCAAUAGAUGAAGUUGACUCAAUAGAUGAAGUUGACUCCGUAGAUGAAGUUGACUCAGUAGUGGAGCACGACUCAGUAGACGAAGUUGACUCCGUAGAUGAAGUUGACUCCGUAGAUGAAGUUGACUCAGUAGUGGAGCACGACUCAGUAGACGAAGUUGACUCAGUAGACGAAGUUGACUCCGUAGAUGAAGUUGACUCCGUAGAUGAAGUUGACUCCGUAGAUGAAGUCGACUCAGUAGUGGAGCACGACUCAGAAGACGUAGUUGACUCCGUAGACGAAGUCGACUCAGUAGUGGAGCACGACUCAGUAGACGAAGUUGACUCAAUAGAUGAAGUUGACUCCGUAGAUGAAGUUGACUCCGUAGAUGAAGUCGACUCAGUAGUGGAGCACGACUCAGAAGACGAAGUUGACUCCGUAGACGAAGUCGACUCAGUAGUGGAGCACGACUCCGUAGACGAAGUUGACUCAAUAGAUGAAGUUGACUCAAUAGAUGAAGUUGACUCACUGGAUGAAGUUGACUCAGUAGUGGAGCACGACUCAGUAGACGAAGUUGUCUCCGUAGAUGAAGUUGACUCCGUAGAUGAAGUUGACUCCGUAGAUGAAGCUGACUCAGUGGAGCACGACUCACUGGAUGAAGUUGACUCAGUAGUGGAGCACGACUCAGUAGACGAAGUUGACUCCGUAGACGAAGUCGACUCAGUAGUGGAGCACGACUCCGUAGACGAAGUUGACUCAGUAGACGAAGUUGACUCCGUAGAUGAAGUUGACUCCGUAGAUGAAGUCGACUCAGUAGUGGAGCACGACUCAGAAGACGAAGUUGACUCAGUAGACGAAGUUGACUCAGUAGUGGAGCACGACUCAGAAGACGAAGUUGACUCCAUAGUUGAAGUUGACUCACUGGAUGAGCAACUUGCAUCCCAACAAUAG